AUGGGAAUUUGUGCUUUUGAUCAUAAAUCUGCUGAGAACUAAGAAUUAUAACAAUAAGCUGUGGAUUUACAAUUAGAUUCAAAUGGUAAAGUACUUUAAACUCAAAAACAGAAAACAUUAGAUGAAAAUUAAGCUGCUUUAAAAAUAUAAAAUAGUUUUAGAAUCAAAUAAGCCAAAUAAGAGGCUGAAGACAAAAAAAAUGAAUUAGUAUUAGAUUUGCCAAAAGAUUGGAUUUAAUAUAAUUCAAAAUUUAUAAUUCCUGAAUUACCAAAAUAAUUUAAGGAAAAUGUUUAGAAAUCUUUAACUAAACAAGAUAGACUACUUAAUUCAAUGUAAGCACCAGAUGGUAGUGUUUAUUUUGGAUAAUGGAGUAGAGGUAAGUAAAAUGGUUAUGGACAAAUGAUAAAACCAGAUGGCACAUACUUUGAGGGCUUUUGGACUUAAGGUAAAUUUUAACAUGGUGGAAUUCUAUUUUCAAAUGGGGAUUAUUUUGUAAGUAAUCAAAAUUAUUUCUAAUGUUAGAUCGGUACAGAAACUAAUGGAGAAAAAGUAUAUAAAAAUGGUAUUAUAUAUAUUGGUGAAGUUUAACUUGGAAUACCUCAUGGUAGAGGAUCAUUACAUUAUCCAGAUGGAUCUACAUAUGAAGGAGAACAUAAUAAUGGAUUAAUUACAGGAAUAGGUAAAUUCAGAUAUUAAAAUGGUACUUAUUAUGCAGGAUAAUUACUAAAUGGAAUUAUGCAUGGCAAAGGAAUUCUCAUAGAAACUGAUGGAAAUAUGUAUGAAGGUAUAUUGAAAUAUUUUCAUUUUCUAUAGGUGAUUUUGUAAAUGGUUAAAAAGAAGGAAAAGGUAUUUUAAAAUUCCCUGAUAGAUCUCAAUUUGAAGGGUAUUUUAAAAAUAAUUAAAGACAUGGAAAAGGUAAAUUAAUAUAAAGAGAUGGUUAAGUUAAAGAUUGUGAAUUUUAAUUUGGAGAAUAAAUAUAUCCAAAAUGA